AUGGCGGCCAGCUCGAGGAAGAAGCUGGUCGUGGUCGGCCUGGGCAUGGUGGGUGUAGCCUUCAUAGAAAAACUGCUCAAGCUGGACGCCCGGAGCCGCGAAUACGAUAUCGUGGUGAUCGGCGAGGAGCCGCAUCUCGCGUACAACCGCGUGGGUCUCACGAGUUUCUUUGACCACCGCAAAGUCGAGAACCUCUACUUGAAUCCGCAGGAUUGGUAUGCCUCACACGCACCAGAGAACAAGCUGGGAUACCACUUGAACACGCUGGUGACGGCCAUCAACCCGCAAGACAAGACCGUAGCGUGCUCUAAUGGCGACGUCGUGUCCUACGAUAUUCUGGUCCUGGCCACCGGCUCCGACGCCGUGCUCCCGCGCCAUACCCCCGGGCACGAUGCUAAAGGAGUAUUUGUCUACCGCACCAUUGAUGACCUCGAGAGACUCAUUGCCUUUGGGGACAAGUGCAAGGGCACCGUGGGCGCCGUUGUCGGCGGCGGUCUCCUGGGCCUCGAGGCCGCCAAGGCCAUGAUGGACCUGCAGUGCUUUAGCAAGGUCAAGCUGGUCGAGCGUAACCGCUGGGUUCUGAGCCGCCAGCUCGAUCAGGACGCCGGCACGCUGGUCGUGGACAAGGUCACGGCGCUGGGUGUCGAUAUUCUGCUGAGUAAACGCGUGGGCGAGAUUCAGAGAGACCAGGACAACAACGUCACUGGUGUUGUCUUUGAGGACGGCGAGCAGAUGGAGUGCUCGACUAUUUGUUUCGCCAUUGGUGUGCGGCCACGGGACAGCCUGGCCAGCAGCGCUGGUAUCAAAUGUGCCGACCGAGGUGGCGGCAUCAUUGUCAAUGAUGACCUCAGCACCAGCGUACCUGAUAUCUACGCCAUUGGCGAGUGUGCCAGCUGGCAGAAUCAGACUUUUGGCUUGAUUGCUCCGGGUAUCGAGAUGGCGGACGUACUCUCGUUUAACUUGACGCAGGCAAAGCUUCAUCGGCCAAGGGUCUUCAAGCGACCUGAUCUCAGUACCAAGCUCAAGCUUCUAGGCGUCGAUGUGGCUAGUUUUGGUGACUUUUUUGCAGACCGCGAUGGUCCUAGUCAUCUGCCGGCCCUCACCUACAAAGAUCCGUUCCAAGCCGUGUAUAAAAAGUACAUCUUCACUGCUGAUGGAAAGUACCUGCUGGGUGGCAUGAUGAUUGGAGAUACCAGCGACUACAUCAAACUAGUACCCAUGGUCAAGAACCAGAAGGAGCUCGAAAUUCCGCCGUCGCAGCUUAUCCUGGGAGCAAAGAAAGAAGGCCAAGACGACGGGGAUGAUCUGGACGACGACACACAGAUCUGCUCGUGCCACAAUGUCACAAAGGGCAAUGUGGUGGAUGUUGUCAAGAAGGGAACUUGCAAGUCUCUGGGCGACGUCAAGGCGUGCACCAAGGCCGGUACUGGCUGCGGUGGAUGCAUGCCCUUGGUCACUACCAUCUUCAACAAGACCAUGAAGGACAUGGGCGCCGAGGUCACCAACCACCUGUGCUCGCACUUUAGCUACUCGCGGGCUGACCUCUACAAUAUUGUCAUGGUCAAGCGGCUCAAGACGUUCCAGGACGUGAUGCGCGAUGCUGGCAACGACAAGGAGUCCGAGGGCUGUGAGGCAUGCAAACCAGCCGUCGCCAGCAUCUUUGCCAGUCUGUGGAACCGGCACGUCAUGGACCGCACCACACAUGGUCUACAAGAGACAAACGACCGCUUCAUGGCCAACAUCCAGCGAAACGGCACCUUUUCCGUGGUUCCCAGAGUGUCGGCUGGCGAGAUCACACCAGACAAGCUGAUAGUCAUUGGCCAGGUUGCCAAAAAGUAUGGCCUAUACACCAAAAUCACUGGCGGCCAGCGUAUCGACAUGUUUGGCGCCAAGAAGCAAGACCUGCUCGCCAUCUGGAAUGAGCUUGUCGCUGCCGGCAUGGAGAGCGGGCACGCCUAUGCCAAAUCUCUGCGAACAGUCAAGAGCUGUGUUGGCACUACGUGGUGCAGAUACGGCAUCGGCGAUAGCGUAGGCAUGGCGGUGCGCCUUGAGGAGAGGUACAAGAGUAUUCGCGCUCCGCACAAGAUCAAGGGUGGUGUGUCUGGCUGUGUGCGGGAGUGUGCCGAGGCACAGAGCAAAGACUUUGGACUCAUCGCCACCGACAAGGGCUUCAACAUCUUCGUGGCCGGCAAUGGCGGCGCCAAGCCCAAGCACGCAGAGCUGCUCGCAAAGGACGUACCCCCGGCCGAGGUGGUCCCCAUUCUAGAUCGUUAUCUCAUGUUCUACAUGCGCACCGCCGACAAGCUCCAGCGCACGGCGCGAUGGAUCGAGCAGCUCCCCGGUGGACUCAAGUACCUUCAAGACGUGGUGUUGCGCGACAAGCUCGGCAUCUGUGCGUCGCUCGAGGCACAAAUGCAGGAGCUGGUCGACUCCUUCUUUGAUGAGUGGGCCGAGGCCGUCAAAAGCCCCGAGAUCGCCGCCAAGUUCCGGCAGUUUGCCAACACGGACGAAGGCGCCGACGGCAUGGAUGUCGAGCUAGACCGUGACCAGGCUCGUCCUGUCAUGUGGGCCAAGGACUCGGCCACUGCCGACUUCAAGGGCCUGCGUGCUCGCUGGUCGUCGACGUCGUGGCAGCCCGUCAUCGAGGCUGCUCAUUUCGCCGGCGCCGACGAUACGCCCAAUGGCAUCUCGGCCAACGUCAAGCGCGGUGAUACCCAGCUGGCCCUCUGGCGCGUUCGCGGUCGGUACUACGCCACUCAGCAGAUGUGCCCACACAAGCGGACGUUUAUUCUGAGCGACGGCCUGGUUGGUCUCGAUCCGUCAGCAGCGUCCACUGCUGCCUCCGCCGAUACCAACGCACCACCCUCACCACCACCCUCGCCGACAUCAUCCACCGCCGAAGCCGUGACAGCCACGACGGCGGCGAAGACGACGACGACAACCCCAUCUGCAGAACCCUGUGGCGACGCCAAGUCCCCCUGGGUCUCGUGUCCAUAUCACAAGCGCAACUUUGAUCUUACGUCGGGCGACUGCAAGAACGACAGUGAGCUCAGCAUUGCGACAUUCGAGGUCCAGGAGCGGGAUGAUGGCCUAGUGCACAUCAAGCUCCCUCCCGUUGAUGAGCUGGACCGCGAGCUAGGGACCAAGAGGUGGAUGGUCAAGAAGGGCGAGGCUGGGGAAACCCAGUUCGCCGACCUCGACAGGAAGAUCGGCUUCAAGGGUUUGCGGGCCAAGAAGCCUGGGGUCCGCCCCAUGGGCGAUGCGACUAUGCGUAAGCCUGUCGAAGUGCUGGCCCAGUCUGCCCAUGGAGGUUGCGGUGGACCAGCUGGUAUCGAUUGGUAA